CAAAGACAUAAACGCUAAGUUGGACUUGUUUCACUGCAUGCGUUGCUUCACUAGGGAGUGUGUGUCAGAGCACCAUUCUGCCUUCAGUCGAUUCUGCCAGUACCUCUCGGCUGCCUUUGUGGUUGUGGACCAAGAUGACCUCAAGAAGCUGAAAGAGGCUUACACCUUCUGUGGGAUCACACCACCAAAUCCCACCAAACAGCACAUUCAUGAGCACUGCAGGACAAAAGUGCCACAGCCCCAGGAGCUGCUGCAGAGAGUGGAGGAUGUCCUGCAUCAUUUUUAUCUCUCAGUAGAUGCCAACAAUGAGCUUUUGUUUAAGCCCUCUAUGCUGAAGGUGUGGAGAAUUCAGCGGGUCCACAUUCUGAGAGGCUGCCUGAGUGACCCUGAGGUGGGAGAGGGGGUUCUGUACAGGUAUGGAGGCACUGUGCAGCUCAACCAUGUCAUGCUGCUGUGCCUGUGUGGAUCCCAGUGAGAGGGACCUCUCAGCAGGAGGGUUUUCACUCUCACCAAGCACAGUGGGUGACUGGUACUCGGGUCUCCAAUGAGCUCUUCCAGGCACAGGCCAUGACAGGAGUGGUUCGCUGGAACUACCAGAGGCUGGUGGACCUUAAACAGCCGGGAGUGAACCUGCCCUCUGUUUUUGAUCCUCAGCUUAUUGCUGAUCUGAACAGCUCCUGCCUACGGGUCACUGGACAGCAGAAGUACCCAGCUCUGACAACAUCUCAGCGGGACACAGGGGAGAGAUUUGGACUGCGGUAUGUGGAGCCUGGAUGUCGCCCCCUUGUUUUCAACUGGGAUAAAAGUGAAGUUGGAGUUGGUGAGGCAGUGCCACAGCCAUUGAUUCAGGCUGAAGAACAUCAACCUGAAGCUGACAUGGAUGUGUCCUGUCAGGAGAUGAGUGGUGAGAUCCUGGAGAAACCUGUUCCAGUUCUUGGAGCUCAGCUGGUCUCUGUCCCCCAGCCCUUCACCCUCAUGAGACCAGUGUCACCUCACAAGACAGAGUCAGAUCUUCCAGCGGUUGACCCUCUCCCCAUUACUGCUUCUCCCCGGGCCACUCGAACAGGACCUGUUAAAGCUGGUGGUCUGAUUCAUGUUCUGGAUCAUCCUCGGUGGACACAGCCUAUGAGAGUUGCUAUUGAUGGUCUGCUAGUGAAGCGCCGUGGCACCAAGGACAUGCUGAGGAGGGUGGAUGCAGAAUAUGCAUUCAUGGUUCAGAGUACUUGCACUGACCCAAACAGCCUUGUCCACCCGACAACAUGGCAACAUAUCUCUCGAUAUGUGAAACAUCUGGCCAAGUUGAAAAACACCCACUCUGCCUUUAACACCAGCUCAGAGCAGGUGACCUCCACACAGCAGCUCUGGCACACUCUAACCACAGGCAGCAAGACCACCAGUGUGCCUGUGACUACUCUUCCUCCUCCAGUCCUCAGCCCUCCAACAGUACAGUCAGGCCAUGAAACACUGACAUGGGCAGCUGUUGAGCAAAUAGUGCAGGAAGCACUAAAGCAGCAGAAGCAACAACAACAGCCUCUACAGCCACCACAACAGGAGACCAAGGAGAAGAAGAGAACGAGGACCUGCUUGGCCUGUGGGCAACCAAAGUCCCGUUAUCUUGGAGAUGGAUCAACCAUCCACUUUUUUUAUCAGAGUGCCACAGUGAAGUACUUUUAUUGUUCUACAAAAGUGCAUCAAAAGUACUCCAGUGAAGGCCUGACCAACCCAAGGAUGACCUUUGAAGAGUUUUCUGCUUCCCCCUUCUUUGAGAGGGAGUUGGAAGGUGCUAGGGACAGAGGAGAUGAAUGGAAGAGGGUGAAAAGUGAGAGAGAAAAGAAGAAAGUAGAGGCAAAAACUCCCACUGGACGCUGCUGCAGGUUCUGCCACAUUCCCUUGAAGCAGGGCCCAGGCAGUCCUCACAUUCACACCGGGUUUCCUGGGGUGCCUGGAAAAUAUAUAUACUGUCCCUCCAAAGUGUUUUCUGUGUACAGGAGCCAGGGUAUGACCAAAGAGCUGACAUGGAGGGAGUUCCAGAGGUCUGCCUUCUAUGAGGUUGAGAGGGACAGAUGGGUGAAUGAGAAGGAAAAGCAGAAGUAGACUUUUCAUUUGUACAUAAAACUGUAAAUAACUGGAGUUACUUUAUAUUAGUUCUAGUUUUGUUUUUCCUCUAUCAGUAUAUUUUUAUGUUUAUGUUUUGUACA